GGUUCAAUCAAUUGACCCACCAGUCCAAUCAAUGACCCGUUGACUUGAGGCUUCGCCAAGUCAAUCAAGAGUUUGGUUUUGAUAAUUAUGGUUUUAGGUAUCGAUAGGCAAUUGUUGCAGCCACAAUAGAUGAUAGUGGUACGCGAACAAUCAUGAUAUCACCUAGAACUUAUAUUAGAACACUUUAAAUAAUCUAAUCAUUAAUUACAAACAAAGAAAUAGUCAACUGCAAAAUAAUUAAUAGGUAGUUCCACACUAUGGUAAAAUCUGGAACAUGUGGAUGAAUAUUCAUACUUAUUUAAGAAUAUAUUAAAUAAAUACUAAUAGUAGGUUUGUCUAAGUGAUUAAUGUGGUAUUAUUAAUUUGUUAUAGACCGUAGUAAUCAAUAAUAUAGUGAGGGAACAAUAACAGUGUGUGUGACCCACUUCAUGCUUAUGGGGGAUGCAUAUGCGACUACGUAAACAUAUUUGACUUGCUUAUGAAGUCUCAUAUUUAACAUAUACAAUAACACUUGCGAUACACACUACGUAAGUACAUGGGUUUGGCAUAUGGGUACCACGUAUUUGGUAUCAUUACAUUUUUUCAAUUUUCCUGUUCAGAGUAUUGAUCAUAUGGGGUGAUGGAGAACCAUCUAGAUUUAUAAAGGAUUUUAGAAGAGGAUUUUCUAGGUAAAGAAAUCAAUAAAAAGUAAUCAAGUAAUUAAUGUAGAAACUCUAAGAGUUGUGUGGAAAAAUGAAGAAUUUUUGGUACCAUGGGACUCUACUUUUGUAUUAAGUGCACUCUCUUUUUCUUCUCAGCUGUGAUAAGCUGUUUUAAGCUAUUUAGGUAUCCUAUAAGUCACAUUUUGGGUUUUCAAAAGGCAUACAAGUUCCCUAGAAGUCAAAGGAAGGUUACUCUUAUGAAUCAUUGUCUUCAUUGCUUGUACUAAGGCUCCUAAACCCUUAUAAACAGUGGAGCUUGUCAGUGGAUGAAACAAUUUAGAUUUUGAAUGAAAAUGAAUUGUAUUUUCUCUCUUCUCGUCUCACUCUCCUCUCUAAUCUCACUCUUCUCUUUCUCUCUUCUUCUCUUUCUAUUCUACAUCAAUUGAUAUUAGAGCUUAUCAAGAAACCUGCCCUGCACCCCAUCAAGUCCCAACUAGCAGCAAAAGCUUUAAUCAACAGUGAGGCUACUCACAGAUCCUUGCAUUGUCCCUAUGGAAUUGGUGGACCACUUAGCUCUUGAAGCCUGGGAGAUAAAAAGAUUCAACCUCAUCAGUUAGAUGUGGCAUCAAUGAAGUCGAGCUUUUUACUCUAUUCUUCAAUGUUCUCUCACUACCAGUGAAUAAUAGUGAAAUUUCUAAUGUUGGAACCACGAGGUGCUCAUCAACCAAUUAUCAUAUAUAGGCCAAUACUACCUUCUGAUCUUGAAGUCCUUGAGGAGAUCCAUGUAGCUUUAUUUCCUAUAAGGUAUGAAAGAGACUUCUUCCUCAGUGUGGUGCAAGGACAUGGAAUAGUCUCUUGGGCUGCUGUUGAUGUUAGCAGGUCGGAUGGCGGCCGUGAUAAACUAGUUGGAUUCGUCACAACACGUCUUAUGUCAGCAAAAGAAAGCGAGAUUUCAGAUUUGCUUAGGUAUAAUGCCUCAAGGCAAGAUCUAAUGCUAGUCUAUAUCUUGACACUUGGUGUGGUGGAGAAUUAUAGAAACCAUGGGAUCGCUACUUCGCUUGUUUGCGAGGUAAUCAAAUAUGCUUCAAGCAUCACAAAUUGUAGAGCAGUGUAUUUGCAUGUCAUUUCCUACAACGUGCCAGCCAUACAUUUCUAUGAGAAGAUGUCGUUUGCGUGCGUAAGACGGUUGCAGAAGUUUUAUUACAUUAAUGGCCAGCAUUAUGAUUCAUAUCUGUUUGUUUACUAUGUGAAUGGUGGCCAUUCUCUCUGCUCUCCAUUAAACAUUGUGGCAGCAGUGGCAGCUUACUUGAGAGACCUUUUUAAAGUGCUGGCUUCCAAGCUGUGGAGGAAACAAGAGAAGCAUAUUCCCAGAUAUCUCAAGUGUAAAGAAACAAGUAGCCUUCUGGUUGCUCAAAACAGAAGGAUCCUUGGCGCCGAUAAUUCUGCGUGUCAGAGUGUAUAGAUAGCCAUUUGAAUCAACCGAGGAUUUAAAAAGAUUCGCUUGUUUGACAUCACCUAUAAACAAUUAGACACAUACCAUCGAGUUUGUUUUCUGUAUAUUGAAAAUAAGCUUCCUCAUUGAAGUUUUCA